AUGACCAGGAGGUCAGUCAUUGGUGAGGGGACUGGGGUGAACAACACCCCCCAAAAUGGGGGACACCCGGGGGAUACCCCUGCCCCAAAAGAAGAGCCUGAUGCUCCCAACGGAAAGGUAGACUUGAGGAAGAAGGUGACCCUGCUUCGGGGAAUCUCCAUCAUCAUCGGGACCAUCAUCGGAGCAGGAAUCUUCAUCUCGCCCAAGGGAAUCCUGAAGAACUCUGGGAGUGUUGGAAUGUCUCUGGUGGUGUGGAUUGCCUGCGGAGUGCUGUCCCUGUUCGGGGCCCUGUCCUAUGCAGAGCUGGGAACCAGCAUCCAGAAGUCUGGGGGACAUUAUACCUAUAUCCUGGAGGCCUUUGGACCACAGAUGGCCUUCAUACGCCUCUGGGCUGACCUCAUCGCCAUCAGACCUGCAGGGUUGGCAGUGAUAUCCCUGGCCUUCGGACAAUAUAUCCUGGAACCCAUAUUCAUGCCGUGUGGAGUGCCCGAGAUUGCUAUCAAACUGGCCACCUCUAUAGGAAUAACGUCAGUGAUGUAUCUCAACAGUAUGAGUACGAGCUGGACAAACAGGAUUCAGAUCUUCCUCACCUUUAGCAAGCUGCUGGCCAUCGCCAUCAUUAUUGUACCUGGCCUCUAUAUGCUCUUCAAAGGGGAGACUAAGAACUUUGAGAAUGCAUUUGAGGUCAGUAAUAUCAAGCUCACAGGCCUUCCUCUGGCCUUUUACUCUGGGAUGUACGCCUAUGCUGGGUGGUUUUAUCUGAACUUUGUGACUGAGGAAGUAGAGAAUCCAGAAAAGACUGUCCCAUUGGCCAUCUGUAUCUCCAUGGCGAUAGUCACGUUCUGCUACGUGUUGACUAACGUGGCAUACUACACUGUGAUGUCAGCAGAGGAGCUGUUGGCAUCGCAAGCCGUCGCCGUGACGUUUGCAGGGAAGAUGAUGGGGAACUUUUCGGUGGCGGUGCCGGUAUUUGUAGCCUUGUCGUGCUUUGGUUCGAUGAAUGGCUGCUUGUUCGCUUUCUCAAGAAUGUUCUACGUGGCAUCACGCGAGGGCCAUCUCCCUGAGGUUCUGUCCAUGAUCCACGUCCGCAGACACACUCCUUUGGCAGCCGUCCUCGUUCUGUACCCUAUGACGGUGUUUCAGCUGUUUGUGGGAGAUAUCUACAGUCUGUUGAACUUCAUGAGCUUCCUCCGCUGGCUCUUCAUUGGCGUGGCUGUGCUGGGCCUCAUCUACAUGAGAUACACACGCCCUGACAUGCCACGCCCUUUCAAGGUUCCUCUUUUCAUUCCAGCCAUUUUCUCCUUCACCUGUUUCUUCAUGGUGUUCCUCUCUCUCUACUCCGACCCCGUCAACACAGGGAUAGGAUUCGCCAUCUCCCUGACAGGAAUCCCAGCCUACUAUAUUUUCAUUGUGUUUGACCGCAGACCCAAGUGGCUACAGGAUGGUUUAGAUUCCUUGAACAGAUCUGUCCAGAUCAUCCUGGAGGUGAUCCCAGCGGAACACUGA